GGGAUGAUUACAAUUAUGCAGUAUUUUAGUUAAAGGAAAAGAAAGAAUAUGGGAUAAAGUGCUUCUUUUAUAUUUACUUAUAAUAUCUGUCUAACUUUUAGAGCACUCUGCAAGCUGGUCGGUGAGAAGCCAGACACUUGGGACAAGUACCUGGAUUCAGUGAUGUUUGGCAUGAGAACAAAAAAACAAGUUACAACGAAGUUCUCACCUUUUUUUCUGAUGUUUGGCACUGAGGCACGCUAUCCUUGUGAGGUCCCUGAUGACAAUGUUUAUCCAAAUUUUAAAAACCCGUCUUGUGCUAUCCAGGAUCAGAUUGACAAAAACAUUGAGGAUGCUGUAGAAGAAGAGGUGGUGUCAGAAGGAAUUCAGCGGCAGGAUGAGAUUUUUAGAAUUGUCAAAGAAAAUCUUAAAAAGGCCCAGAAAAAAUACACAACACCAAAGACUCCAAAAUCAAAACAUGAGCAGUUCAAAAUAGGAGACAAAGUCCUCCGUCUGAAUGUCAGGAGCAAACAAAGAAAGGGAGGAAAACUUGAGCCAAAUUGGGUUGGACCCUACAUUAUUGUUGCAGUUGAGGGAAAAAGUGCUGACCUACAGUCAGACAAGCAAAUUUUCCCUAAAAUUAACACUGGCCACCUUAAACCAUUUAAAAAACAACAGCCACGCCUUCCAAACAAAAUAAAGCCCCAACAGACUUUUGCCCCUAAAGCCAAUGACCCAACACUGUCUUCAGCUUCCACACCAGUACUCACUCCUGCCUCACCUCCAACACAAACCCUCACUCCUGCUUCCACUUCCAUUCGUGUAUCAUCACCAACUCCUGCCUCACCUCCAACACAAACCCUCACUCCUGCCUCCUCUCCUAUUCGUGUCCCAACACCAACUCCUGCCUCACCUCCAACACAAACCUUCACUCCUGCCUCCUCUCCCAUUCGUGUCUCAUCGCCGACUCCUGCCUCACCUCCAACACAAACCUUCACUCCUGCCUCCUCUCCCAUUCGUGUCUCAACACCAACUCCUGCCUCACCUCCGACACAAACCUUCACUCCUGCCUCCUCUCCUAUUCAUGUCUCAACACCAACUCCUGCAUCACCUCCAACACAAACCUUCACUGCUGCCUUCUCUGCUAUCUCAUCUUCGACUAUCUCUCAGUCAUCACCAACAGUGACAGCUUUCCCCCCAGUAUCAUCCCCUGCUUUGGCACCAGCUCUGUCAGCAUCUGAAUUAGCUGCAGCACACAUUCACAAAUAUAUUUUAGAUGCUUGGAGAGGGACGAAGGCUAGUGUGCUGUUGUCAAAAAUUGGACCAUACAAGAUGUUCUACUGGGACAUUUUUCAAACUGGGCCUGGAAAACAAUUAGAGAGUGAGGUGAUCAAUGCAUGCCUUCUCAAGAUGACCCAAAUAUACAAUGAUGGCAAUGACAAAAAAGCAUUGCACAUAGACACAUUUGCAAUGAGCGCUGUGUUGAAUGGAAAAAGCCCAAGAUUUAAGUGGGACCCAGUCAAUUACAAUAUCAUUUUGGGUGUUGCCAAUGAAAAUUGCCACUGGUUUUUGAUUGAGACACCCUCUCCAUAUGGACUACACUAUAAAUAAAAUGCAGCACGAAGUUAAAGCAACUGUUUUGCAAGUCAAUUCAACCUACAAUUUUUAGUUUUGACCUAUGACAAUUUGACAUAACUUAUGAAAACAAGUUGAAAUUCAGUGAUUCUUGGGAAUUUAGAUAAAACAGGUUUUAAUUUUGAAAAUAAAAGUUAGUUAAAUUACAAAAUCUGAUGGUAUAUCAUUAUAGACCAAGAUCUUGGCUGUUCAGCAAUUUACCUGUGCAACCUCAUUUUGUACGUUUUUCAUAAAAUUGGCGUUUUUUUUUUGUUAUUACUUUGUUUUUUUGUCAACACCGUCGGACACAGUAAAAAGGUUAAUUUGGUCUAUGUAUUUAUAGUUUUAAAAUCAUUAUCUUGCAUUCUUAGUACACAUGCUGUUAAAUGUUAAAUAUUUACUUUUGUUCAUUUUUAUACUGUUUUACAUGUACUCCUUUAAAAGAUCUAACAUUAUAC